UGGAAGUGGAAGUCUCAGUGGCGCGCGCGACUUUAGAAAGCGAUAUAGAGGUGGACGGUGAAGUUGUGAUGGUGAUUAGUUAUCUUUGUUAUUAAACGCGUUUUUUUGCUACAGUUUGCAUUGAAAUGAGCUCUCAGGAGCGGAACGGAGCCUCGUCUUCAGCUGGGCACUCAAGUCAACCGCCGGAUCAAAGAGAAAUGUCAUCUAUCCAGGAACAAGUGCAAGAAGAUAUUUUACAGCGGAUGCUAACAAAAUUCAACCUCAUUUGUCGGAAUGAAACCAUAGAUUUGGAUUACCUCCUGGACAUUGCUCAGCAAGAACUGGCUUUGGCAACUGCUGCAUUAAAUCAUGUUACCAUUCCAGAACAAUUAAUUGAGUCUCUACGGGAGUUAAUAAACGUAGUUAAUACAUCUCUGAGUUCGGAAGAGACUACAGCACACACAUCUGACAUUGUAACUUUAACUUGGGGUAACUUGGGACGUCCACGUCUGGAUAUAAGCAGGGAUGACAUUGAAGAACUUCUCAGCACUGCACUUCCUGUAGAACAUCUUGCUCAGAUAUGUGGUGUUUCUAGAAGAACAAUGAACAGACGAUUGAAGGAGCACUCAUUGUCUGUCAGAGGCUGCUAUUCCAGCAUAUCAGAUGAUGAACUUGAUCAUGUUGUAAGAGCAAUUAAAUUAAGAAUGCCACAUUCUGGCUACAGACUAGUGAAAGGUGAACUUGUGGCUAGAGGGCAUCGGAUACAGUGGCACAGGGUGAAGGCCAGCAUGCAGCGAGUGGAUGGAGCUGGAAUUUUGGCCAGAAUGGUUCAGCUUGGUUUUGUAGCUCGCAGAACUUACUCUGUUCCUGCACCGUUGUCCCUAGUUCAUGUGGAUACCAACCACAAACUAAUUACGUUCAAUAUUGUAAUAUUUGGUGGGAUUGAUGGUUUCUCGAGGAAGAUCCUGUAUCUUGAUGCUGCUACCAACAACAAAGCAUCAACAGCUUUCAAAUUCUUUCUGGAGGGGGUUCAAAAACACGGGUGGCCUUCAAGAGUACGUGGUGACCAAGGAGUUGAAAACGUGGACAUAGCACGUUGCAUGUUUUCAGUACGAGGAACUGGCCGAGGCAGCUUUAUUGCUGGAAAAAGUGUUCACAAUCAAAGGUAAAAUGAUUUUUAAUGGUUA